CCCUACUAAACUUUACGUACAGUUUUGAAUGGACUACGCAGAGUGUUUUGUCAAUGUUAUGUUAUUGGUGGCGAUGGAGGCGAGUGGCGGCAAGCCGGAGGCGCUGUGCCGGGUGUGCGGAGACAAGGCCUCCGGGAAGCACUACGGCGUGCCCUCCUGCGACGGCUGCCGCGGCUUCUUCAAGAGGAGCAUCAGACGGAACUUGGAUUAUGUGUGCAAAGAGAACGGGCGGUGCGUGGUGGACGUGACGCGCCGCAACCAGUGCCAGGCGUGCCGCUUCUCCAAGUGCCUGCGGGUCAACAUGAAGAAAGACGACUUUAUUGAACUGAUGUCUCCGACUCUGUAUUCGCUUCUUCGAUCUGGACAAGAUGAAGAUGAGAUGAUAAGAACAAUGCACAAGCAGCUGGACAAGGUGAAGUGGAAGACAAGAGUCAUGCACAAGUAG